AUGCCUACGCUGCCUACGCUGCCUACGCUGCCUACGCUGCCUACGGUGCUUAGAGUAACUAUGCUGCCUACGAUGCCUACGCUGCCUACACUGCCUACGCUGCCUAGAGUAACUAUGCUGCCUACGAUGCCUACGCUGCCUACGCUGCCUACGAUGCCUACGCUGCCUACGCUGCCUACGCUGCCUACGCUGCCUACGCUGCCUACGUCGCCUACGCUGCCUACGCUGCCUACGAUGCCUACGCUGCCUACGCUGCCUAUGAGGACUCUGAGCGGCCCAGUUCCUGAUUUUCGCAUCAGGGCAGAAUUCGAAGACGUCAAGGCUCUCGAAACUCGCAAUUCGGACAAGCCUCGAGGAGGCACGAGCGAGGGAGAGGACCUUGAAGCCUGGAUCUGUGCUAGGUCGGAGAGCGAUGAGGUGCAAUACGGAAGCUGCACGCGAGAAGGACAGGAGCAACGUUUCCACGAAUUGAAGGCCGUUCUGGAGGACACCGAACGCCAGCUCAAGGAUGUGCAGGCAAGCGUGGAUGUGGGCAAUACUGAUGCCAUUGGUUUACGGGAGGCAAGCACACCAUGUUGA